UUCAUCAUCAUCAUCCAUUUCUCAUUCUGAUUCUGGUGUGCUACGUCUCAGUUCCUUUUCCAUCAGAACCAGAGCUUCAGCUCAAGGAGACCCAAGAUCCAACGCAGAAACUGGAAUUAAGUAUAAUUCGCUUUCAUUUCAAGAUAGGAUCUGAUUUGGUUUGUACAACAUAGCACACAUUAGAUUAUUAUCUCAUUACCAGAGAAGGGUAUCAUUGGAAUAUCUCAAAUUCCCAUGUCAAUUUCUGAGAAACCAUCUUCAUCCGGUUCUUUGCCGUUGACAUCUAUAGCAGCUCGAGAUGUUGAUCCGUUGUUAAAGGAUUUGAAUGAUAAAAAGCAGAGCUUUAGGCGCAACGUGGUGUCGUUAGCGGCAGAGUUGAAGGAGCUUCGUAGUCGCCUGGCCUCGCAGGAAGAAUCAUAUGCUAAAGAAACUCUAACAAGACAGAAAGCGGAAACAAAUGCCAAGAGCAUGGAAUUGGAAAUUGACAGGCUGCAGAAGAAAUUGGAAGAAAGAAACGAGCAACUUCAGGCUUCAACCUCUUAUGCUGACAAGCAUCUGAAGGAGUUGGAUGAUCUUAGAACACAGCUUGUAGCAACGAGAGCAACUGCAGAUGCAAGUGCUGCAUCAGCUCAAUCAGCACAGCUCCAAUGUUUACAACUUCUGAAAGAGUUAGAUGAGAAAAAUAGUUCACUAAGAGAGCAUGAGGAUCGUGUUAUUAGGCUAGGCGAGCAACUAGACAAUCUACAGAAGGAUCUUCAGGCAAGGGAAUCUUCACAAAAGCAAUUGAAAGAUGAAGUUUUGAGAAUUGAGCAUGAUAUUAUGGAAACUCUAGCAAAAGCCGGAGAGAACAAGGAUUGUGAAUUGCGGAAAAUAUUAGAUGAGGUUUCUCCUAAGAAUAUUGAGAAGAUGAAUAAACUUCUGGUUGCUAAGGAUGAAGAAAUAGCAAAACUUAAGGAUGAAAUCAAGAUCAUGUCUGCUCAUUGGAAGCUCAAGACUAAGGAGUUGGAGUCACAGUUGGAGAAACAGCGGCGUGCUGAUCAGGAGCUGAAGAAGAGGGUGUUGAAGUUGGAAUUCUGUCUGCAGGAAGCUCGUUCUCAGACACGAAAACUGCAAAGGAUGGGAGAGCGACGGGACAAAGCAAUUAAAGAACUGAGAGAUCAAUUAGCAGCAAAGCAACAAAGACGAGUUGUGGAUGCAGAAGAGCAAAAUCAGAAUUUCUGGGACACCACCGGAUUCAAAAUCGCCGCAUCCAUGUCCAUGCUAGUCUUGGUGGUAUUUUCCAAGCGGUGAAACCAUUCCUGUAUCCAAAACGAUCCUUGUAUAUAGAGGAAACUGAUACCUUCUCAAGUUUAUUCUAGGAGUCUAGAGAAGCUGUAGAAGCCGUUUUGCAUUGUAGAAACACAGUUUUAGAGAUAAUCUAGAUUUAGCUUGUGCAAUAUGUAGCAUCAGCAUCUUAGGUAUGCAUCUUGUUAAAAUUUGGUAGAGAGAAUUUUGCUGUUCUUGUGGUUAUACUCUGUUUGAUUCCAGAUUAAUCGCUGCCCGUUGCGGUUGGAUACCUGAUGGUUUAUACCAAAAAAUAAAAUAAAAAUGUAGCAUCAGCAUCAUUAGUCCUUUUUUCUAUGUUCUAUAAAACUA